GACCAAACCCCCCUCGUCGAUCACAGAUUUCAACAGUCCAAACCCGCCACUGAUCUCUCUCUCUCUCUGUCGCGGCGGACGAGCCUGGCCGAAACCCUAGCCCGCCCACCGGCGAAGCCAUCAGCCAUGGCGGCGAAAGUCGCGGGCGGCCGGAAGCGCGGGACGGCCGCCGCCUGCCUCGACGGCAGUGGCGGCGACGACCCCUUCUUCUUCGCGCUCAAGCGCGGGCGGUGCUCGCCGGAGGCGGACGUGGCGGCUGACCUCGGGGUCAGCCUGGAGUUCGACCCCGUCGACGCGCUCCAGCUCAUCUUCCCCGGCGCCGAUCCGCAGCUUCUGCAAGGCUAUUACGAAGCGUCGGGAAAUGUACUGGAUGCUGCGAUCAGAGGAUUUAAGGAUUAUUUGGCAUCAGGUUUGGCAACGACGAGCGAUGAUGCGGCCUCAUCUGGAGGUACAGUGAAAUCUGAUGUGCCGGCGAUUAAUACUCCCACCAACGGCUCCGAAUGGGCGGAGCUAGUUGUCAAGGAGAUGUACUCCGCCAAGAAUUUGGUCGAUGCCAAGGAUCGAGCCUUCAGGAUACUUGAACUGUUCGACAAAUCUACUGCGAACUGCAAUACUCCGGAUGAGAAGCAUAAAAUGCACGAGGAGCACAAGAUACUGAAGCAGAUGUUGGGAGGACUGCUUCACCAGAACGGCGUCUUGAAGCGAGCCUUCCUUAUCCAGCACAACCGGCUCAAGGAUUACCAGAACAUGGUGCAGGAGCGGUCUCAGUUCAAGGAGAUCGUCGACAAGUACCAGCAGCAGAUAAAGGCUCUAGAGGAUAGGAACUAUGCCCUGUCGUUUUACCUUGAGCAGUCGAAGCAAGGGAACAGCAUCUGCGGGUACCGCAACCCUGAUGUCUUCUAGACAAGCAAUCGAAGCAAUGGAGCAGAACAGCAGGUGCCCUGAGAUUUGUGCUGCUUCGGGCCAAUAAUGAGCAAGAUCCUGAAGCUGCAACAGACAAUCAAGAGAUGUACAAUGAACGAACGUGUUCGUAAUUGAUUGUGAUACAAUUUUUCUUAUCAUGAUUCAGUUUAUGUUCCGGCUUGAUCAUUUGGAAUAUAUCGCUGUCCUUGUUGUGUUGUACUAUUACUUGUCGAUAGGUGUGCCAAAAUCCAAAAUUCAAGUGAAUCCUGACUGUUUUAUGAAUUCAUUUGUUUAUCUUGA